AUGCGGGAAAAAGAAAUCAAGGAUGCAUGUACAGACACAAUUGGAAAGGCUUUAGAAGAUGAUCCGUCUGGCUCUCAAACACUGAAAAUGAUUUUAGAAUUCAAAUCAGUGAUGUCGCAGUAUAUGUCACGUCCCGAUGAUAACAAAUGCAUAGCAAAAUGCAUUGCAAAAUUUGGUGAACUUCUUCUGUUUUCUACUGUCGAUGAAUAUACAAAGCUGGCGACAUCAUUCCUCGCCAACUGUUCAAAUAUUUCACUAGAUUCCAUACACACAUUUAUAUGCUUGGAGCAACUUUCUAAUAAACUAUCACAACUCAUCGAAGAAAGUAAUUAUUUGAUGCAAAUGGCUAAAGAAACAUUUGACAAUAUUGCAAUUAUUUUUUUGGUUCCGGCAUAUCGGACGAUGUAUGAAAAUAUAAUAUCAGUGCUGGAUAAAUUCUAUAAAACGAAUAUGAAUAGAAAUGGUGUUAAAGACGAAGAUGUUUUGCGUUUAGUGAGCAUAUCAGGACAGCUUUUGAUAUGGGUUGAUAAUGAUAAGCAACGACUGAAAGAUAUGUUCGAACAAUUAGGAGUAGCUGAGACAGAUCCUACUAUCAGCAGAUUGUCAGAGAAGUUAUUCAACGAAAUUUCAAAUUUUCAAAACAAAUCAUCUGCGAAAGGAGAAUGUGAUAUCAGUUUGGUAAAGGCGCGUGGGGAAGUCCGGAAAAUGAACAAACGAUUUGUUGCUCGUGCUAUUGAAGUGCUUUCACAUACUCUGGUCAUAGAUAUGGAAAGUGGUUUACGAAGCAUUAUAGCAGAUAAAAGUACUGAGAAUAUGAAAAUGCAAGAAAGCACAAAAGUACCAUCGUUUGGAACUUCACCCAACGAAUUUAUAACUGCAACUGGUGUUGCACUUCUUUCCUUGGCUCAUCAAUUAUCCGCUUAUUCUCAAGAUAGUAAUAUGGCUUCAGCUAUUAUGUUUGCUGCAAAAUUAGAUACUAUAGAUGAUAUUCCAUCGUGGUGGGUUGGUAAAUGUGCAAUUGCUGUGCAGGAAUGUUUUGUUGAUACAGUUGGUGAUAUUGCGGGAUAUUCGAGUUCGCUAUGCCGACAACUUUCAGUUGAUUACACAUAUUUGGCUGAUGUAUUCGAGGAUCUGGGAACGAUGAAGAUAUCAGAUUUUGUUAAUAUGCAACAGAUGUUCUUGAAUGCCGGAUAUCUUGAAUCAUAG